AUGUCUAAAUAUCGUCCAGUACUUCGAGCACCAAAAGUUCCUAAAUCUAAUAAUAUUGAAGAUGUCUUAAAAUUUAUUCAAGAGCAGAAGGAGAAACCAUCAGAGGCUGCAGCAGCCGCUAAAAAACUCACAAAAAUCUCGAAUGAUGUCAAAAAUCGAGAGAAAAAAGCUACUCAAGUGAAAGCAUUCAUGAUAGAAUUCCGUAAAGUAAUGAAAGGUGCAGAAACAGGCAAACAAUUAUGUACUUCAACACUGAUAGAUUUAUCUGGUACCCUUCCAGAACUACCAGAAUUACUUAAAUUUGAUGCUUCUCUUCAAAACAAAACAAAUCAAGACGUAAUGUCAUGUAUUUCUUAUUUAGAAAGAUUACAAUCUUUACUAACUCGCGAUAAAAACGUUCCAAACAAUCAGAUGUAUAAAAGUAUACAUGAUGAAUUUGAACAGCAUUUAGAAUGCCUCUAUCUUCCUGAAGAAUACGAUCAAAUUGUCGAAAUAGUUGAAAAAACGAAAUUACAACCUAUCGAAAAGCAAAAAAUCGACUUAAGCGGACUUAACGAUGAAUGGAAACAGUCAAUUACUGAUCAAAUUGAUGCUUUUAAUAAGAUUGAAGAUGAAUUAAAGAAAAAACAUCGCGAUUGGCUCGUUGAAAAUGGAUUUAACCCAGACGAACAAUUUGGUGGCUGGGAGGAUCUUGAACAUCAGCGCUUUAUUCUUACAAAUUGCGGUGAAAUUACUGUUGAAUUUAAUAAUAAAUCACCAGAAGAACUUAUUCGCCACAAGAAAUGGUACAUCAAGGAGCAAUUCCUUAACAAGAAGAUCGAUGCUUUACAUCAGGAGCUCAAAACUCGUAUUGCAAAGAUGAAAUUAGAUGCACAAGAAGAAGAAAGACAAAAGGAAGAACAGAGGUUGAAAGAUGAAAUGGUUAGACAAAGAGUGGAAGCAAUGAAUGAAGAAAAGUCAGUUCUAGAUGAGCGAUUGAAAGUAGAAAGGGAAGAAAAAAGAAAAAGAGACUUAGAAAAACAAGAACAAGAGGAAAUUGAAAGACAAAAGAAGGAGGAAGAAGAAAGGAAGCAGAAACAGCUUUAUAAUGAAGAAAAAAUGCAGCUUAAAAAUAGAGUUAAUGCAGAAAAAGAAAGAAGAAAAGAAAUUGAAGAUCGAAUUCAAAGAAACAGAGAAAUUGAAGCAGAAAGACAGAAAGCAGAGCUAAAAGAAAGAAGAAAGGAAAUGAAAGUUGUUGUAAGUGGAAGAAGACAAAUUGAGGAAAUUCGAAAGAGAGAAAGACAAGCAAAGGACAGAGAACGAUACCAGCAGAAGUUAGAGCAACAGAAGAGACUAGAAAUGCUUGCACAACAGGUUAGAGAUGAGUUUGGUUUAGAUGAUUUAGUUGCUGAUCCAGAAAAGCCUACAAAGAUCAUGGAAAUUAGAAGAAAUGCAGAGAAAGAAGAAAAACCAAUGUUCAAUCCAACAUCAUUCGCUUCUUCUGUUAUUGAAAUGGAUCCAAGAAUUAGAAUUGAAAAUGCUUUGAGAGAAGCAGGUUUAAUGAACUCACCAUAUGCACAAAAUGUUAUCACUCAAAUGUCUGCACUCCGUCCGGCUCCUGGUAUGGAGUCUCAUAUCAAAUUCUAA